GCUGCUGCCUCCAUUACUUCGCAUAUCCUCCACUCCAACAGCGACACUGCUUCCAUGCCUUGUAUGAUUCAAGGUCCAUGAUGUGACAGAACCUUGCCUGACUGGCACGCUGGCUUAUUAUUUUCACAUCGGUCUAAAUAUCUCAGCAGAUAAGAUUUGAUCCUGGGCCCGCUUUCAGCCACCUAGAUUGUCCACCCUCUUAUUACAGACAGCACCCAGGUACCCUGGCCAGUAGAGAUGGAAUACUAUCUCUUCUAUUCUCUGCUGCUAACAGUCGUGAUCUGUGGCACUGCUCUCUAUCUCACUCGUUCCCGAUGGUUACCACUGAUCACUGUGCCGGAUUACAUAUACGAUCGCCUUCCCUCGAGCUUCGCUGGGGAUAUCGAAGCCGGACUGACCUCCUCGCACUUUGAUCUGUCCGGGAACGUUGUGGACGGCGACAGUAGAGCAGGAUUAGAUGCCCGGGCCAAACGGGAAGUCCGGAAGAUCAUGAAACGACGGAAAGUCAACUUUGACGAAGCACGUCGCAUCUAUACGGAACGGACCUUCUCGAAACAUAAUAUUGGGCCGGAUGGCCGACCCAAGGACCCCAGAUUUGUUUCUUUCUCGUGAUUAUUCAUGCCCCGACACUCGUUUACUCUACGUCUUUGGCUGCGUUGCGUGCCUCACACAUGGGUGUACCACUCUGCCACUUCCUUAAUAUUUCUUACAUUCUCUCGACUUCCUAUCUAUCGUCGCGAAACUAUCUUUCCAACUGUCUGGUCUGUGCCCUAUUUGGGGGCGCUACAUCUCAUUUGCCACUAACCCGUUUACGCUCCCUCCU